CCAGGCCGGCAGUGAGUGCCUGGAGACCGCCCGGCGCGGGUCCUCGGCUGUUUCCGGCGCAGGUCGCUGUCCCGCGGGCGGAUGGCCGGCCGCGAUGGGACCGGGGCGGCGGAGUAUGGAGAGGAGGGUGAGGACGAGGAGGAGGAGGAGGCGCGGGAAGGAGGCGCUGAAGGCUCCCCCGGGUCCAAGCUGCCUCCCAUUGUGGGCACCACCCCUGAGCUGGCCAAACGGAAGGUGAAGAAGAAAAAGAAGAAGAAAAAGACCAAAGGUUCGGGCAAGGGCGACGCAGAUAAGCACCACAGUCGAGGCAGGAAGAAUCAGCCGCUUUCUUCAUCUUUCCACGACAUCUUAAAUCCCCACAAAGACCAUGGCUCGAAGGCAGAGACCAGAGACAAAGAAGAGGCAAGGCAUAGCCUUCCAUAUUCAUGCGGCAUGAGUCACCCCUACUUUGCCGAAAUAGAAGAGAACCUUUCGAGCCAGAUCAACGAGAGUCUGCGUUGGGAUGGGAUUCUGACCGACCCUGAGGCGGAAAAGGAAAGAAUCCGCAUCUACAAGUUAAACCGGAGGAAGCGGUACCGGCUCAUGGCCCUCAAGGGCUUCCACUCGGAUCCCUGCACGGAGGAGAGCGUGGAGAACCUGCCCUACCUCUCAGACAAAGACUGCGGCCCCAGCAGCAAGCAGUCCAGCUCCAAGGGCGACCAUGCGCAUAGCUUCUUUGAGGCCACAAACCUCCUGCACCCCGAGUUAGCCACCACUGCAGCAGAGUGACAUCUGUCCCCAGCUGCCAAGCUCCUCCUUGCCACACGUUUAUAUGUUUAAAAAGAAUCAUAAUAAAAAGAAAUCAGACCAGAA